AACAUUUGCAUUAUAGGUAGAGGUUGGUUCUGUGUUAUAUAACAGUUUUUAUUUAUAAUUCGAAGUAUUUUCUUCUGUAUACCUUGAAUUAAAUUCAAAUAAUUGUUAUAAGCCCCACCCCAUACAAUUAUACCAUAGUUUGUAAUACUUUGAAAGAAGGCAUAAUAUAUAGUAACAUUAGCGUUUUACUAUCCAUAACUUUCUUUAGCUUCGCAAAAAUAAAGAUUAAAUAUCUUGUUGAUUUUAUAAUAUAAGUUAUGUGCUUAUUCUUAUAUUAUAUUAAUUCUAAAUAUCUAUAACUACUCUAUUUAUUAGAUUACGUUGCUUAUUUUCUGGUUUUUGAAUUUACAUUUAACGAUUCUUAUCUACGUACUUCUGCGUGGUUCGUGGCCACCUCGCAAAUAGCGCCAGCACAGGCCGUCAGUUUGUCGCGAUAGAUGCUUUGAAAGGCUUCAGUUGUAGCGAUUUCAUUGUUUAAAAAAUAAUCACACAUUUGUAUUUUGCAAUAAAAUCCAAAAAAUGUCGUCUCAAAAGAAAGAUAAAAGUACAGGAGUGGAAUACCAUUGCAAAGAAUUAGAACGCCUUUUACGAAAGAAGUUGGGCGAAGAGUUAGUUCUCGUGAAUUAUAAAGCCGACAAUUUAAUUGCUUUGGGAGAAAACUUUGGCAGCAAAAUAUUGAAAAUCGAUGCAAAAAUACAGCUGUCAAAAAACUCUAAAACAGAAAAUCUCUACAUGAUUGUGAAAACAGUAAUGGAAACGGAUUACGAAGUGGACUGGACGACGUUGCUUCGGAAAGAAAUAUUUAUGUACACGUACAUUAUUACUCAGUAUGAAAAAAUCGAAGUACAGAGAGGUUUGAAGAGGGGACUCGAAAUUAAGAGCAUUGUUCCGACCUUGUAUGGCCAUCGUAUGUCCUUGGAUGAAAAUCGCAGUACAGCAGAUCAGGAUGCGCUGAUUUUACUCGGAAAUCUCACAGUUCAAGGAUACUACGUCGGGGAUAAGAAAAUCGGUUUAGACUUGGAGCACUCGAUCUUAACCCUAAAGUCUCUGGCCAAAUUUCACGCGUUUGGUCUAGCAGCUAAACGUCAGUAUCCAUCAGACUUCGAUCUGAUCAAAGUGCAGUCCGACCUAGUAGGUUUCGGCAGUCGGGCCCUAGAAGUCGGUUAUGCCGGCAUCCUGAAUUUAUUUAAGACCAACCCACUGUUCGAACAAUACUCGGAUCGCAUCGAGGCCAUAGCCACCUGUCGAAAGGACGUUUGGGACGUUAACCCGGUGAGCCACGAGCCCUGGACCACAAUCAUUCACGGUGACUUCUGGACCAACAACAUCAUGUUCCACAAGGACGAGCUAGGUCGGCUGGACGACCUAAAGUUCAUUGACUUCCAAACCUAUCGGUUCGCCGAUGUCUUCGUCGAUCUGGUUUACUUUCUCGGCACGAGUCUCAACGACGAGGUGGUCUCGAAGCAUUUCGACGAGAUGAUCGACGUGUAUUACGUGGAGCUUGUCUCGGUUUUGAGAGAUUUGAAGGUUGACCUGCUGGAUUUCGAAAGGAAGAAGUUCGACGAGGGGUUCAAGAAGGACGCAGGUAUGGAGAUUUUGCGCUGCGCGGUGGCGUUGAAUUUUUUCAAUUCUGAUGUAGACGAGAACGCCACUGAAGAAGAUCGUUUGGAACUAUUUGACAAGCUGAUCAAGUGCAGGAGCGUUAGCGAACAGUUUUCGAAGAAGCUGUUGCGUGUACUGCAGAUUUACGAGGAAAAAGGCUGGCUCCAUUAUUGACUCUGGCAGGAAGAGAAGACAACCCCCUUUUUAUAAUUGUGAUGAUCUUAUAUACAUAUAUACAUUAUUAUAUUUUACAGGUCACAAAUAAAAUUUAUCAUUAUUUUUA